AUGGCUCACCUUUAUCUAAGAUGCUGCUUGGCGCUUGUGCUCAUCAACACUGUUUUGUCUUCUGGCGUGUUCGAGCUCAAGAUCCACUCGUUCCACACCGCGCAUCGCAUUUGCAGGAAGCAUCGGGACUGUCAUAUUUUCUUCCGAAUCUGUUUGAAGCAUCCAGAAGACGUGAUCUCUGCUGAGCCACCCUGCACCUUUGGAACCGGACACACCAACGUCAUCCGCGCUGACCACACAUCCAUCUCAAGCAGUGCUCCAAUCAGAGUCCCUUUUCACUUCAAGUGGCCUGGAACUUUUUCACUCAUUAUUGAAGCUUGGAAUGCAGAAUCUCAGACUGAAUACACUGAAAACCAGAACAACUUGGUGAGCCGCCUUGCCACCAGGAGGAGGCUGGCCAUCGGAGAGGAUUGGUCUCAAGACGUGCACUUUGGAGAGCAGAGCGAGCUGCGGUACUCCUACCACGUGUUCUGCGAUGAGUACUACUUUGGAGAUGGUUGUGCUGACUACUGCAGGCCCCGGGACGACACUCUGGGCCACUACACCUGCGACGAGGAAGGAAACCGCAUCUGUCUGGAAGGAUGGAAAGGAAACUACUGCUCUGAGCCCAUCUGCUCAGCGGACUGCAGUGAGAGGCACGGCUACUGUGAGGCCCCUGGGGGCUGUACAUGUCGCAUGGGAUGGCAGGGCCCCUCCUGCAACGAGUGUGUUCGCUACCCAGGAUGCCUGCAUGGAACCUGCAGCCAGCCAUGGCAGUGCAACUGUCAGGAGGGAUGGGGAGGCCUCUUCUGUGACCAGGACCUCAACUACUGCACCAACCACAAGCCCUGUGCAAACGGAGCCACCUGCACCAACACAGGACAGGGCAGCUACACAUGCACCUGUCGCCCCGGCUACGGAGGAACCAACUGUGAGCUGGAGACCAACGAGUGCGACAGCAAUCCCUGCAAGAACGGAGGCAGUUGCAAUGAUCUGGAGAAUGAUUACUCUUGCACCUGCCCUCAGGGCUUCUAUGGCAAAAACUGUGAAAUCAUCGCUAUGACCUGUGCUGAUGGUCCCUGCUUUAACGGAGGCACCUGUGUGGAGACUAUGACCGGCGGCUACACGUGCAGCUGCCCCUCCAGCUACACCGGCUCCAACUGUGAGAAGAAGUUAGACCGCUGCAGCAACAAGCCCUGCAUGAACGGAGGUGAGUGCUUGGAUCUGGGCCAGAGCAUCUUGUGCCGCUGCCAGGCUGGUUUCACCGGCGCCAACUGCCAAGUGAACAUCGACGACUGUGCCUCCUACCCGUGCCAGAACGCCGGCACAUGCCAGGACGGCGUGGAUGACUACACCUGCUCCUGCACCUUGGGUUACACGGGCAAGAACUGCAGUGUGCGCUCUGACGCCUGCGGGGAGAGGCCGUGCCAGAACGGAGGCACCUGCUUCACACACUUCUCGGGCCCCGUGUGCCAGUGCCCCAAAGGCUUCAUGGGGCCGAGCUGCGAGUUCACACUGCAGCCUCCCGCCUUCAAACCAGCACUUCUCCAAACCGCCCAGCCCUCCUCUGCCACCGUCACCGUGUCCUGCAUCCUCUCCAUCAUGGUCCUGGUGCUCGUGGUCGGCAUCAUCUUCUUGAGACGGCGGCGGAGGCUCCAGGGAAGGAAACCUCUGAGCGACAUCGCCGUUUACAACGACUUUGAAACUGCCAACAACCAGAGCAGCGAGAGAGACUCUUUUCUCAGCCCGAAUGGUUUAUUUAAGAUCAGCAACAGCACAGCCCGCCUCAGCCUGUCCUUAUGCCCGGAUGGAAGGCCCGGCUACAGGCACACCCCAGCGGAGAGCGGCCUGUCCAGAGGAGAGCGACAGGACUUUGUGUGGAGGGACGAGUCCAGCUUGGGCCAUGCACUCAGGUGA